AUGGCCGAUUCGGAGCAAGAUUUCGCAGAUCGUGCCGAGAACGACAAUUUAAAAACCGACAAAUUGUUUAUCUUAAAAAAAUGGAACGCCGUGGCUAUGUGGAGCUGGGACGUGGAGUGUGACACUUGCGCGAUUUGUCGAGUUCAAGUAAUGGGUGUAAAUUUAACGCGAAUAGCGAUAUUAGCGGAGUACAGUUGUAUAUCUUCCAUCGAGUUUCUUCCUCGCAGAUUUGACAAACGCAUUACGCCAUUAAGCGACACGCAAUAG